AUGUCCAUCAGAUACAUUGGCCAAAAGCUCGCACAGCACAUCGACGAGGAGCUCAUGUCGGCCGCCGGCGCGUUCUCGCUGGACCAACUCAUGGAGCUCGCAGGCCUGAGUUGUGCCCAGGCGCUGGCCAAGAGCUACCCUAACACGACGCACAAACGCGUCCUCGUGUGCUGUGGACCGGGAAACCAGGGCGGCGACGGCCUCGUCGCAGCGCGUCACUUGCAUCACUUCCGCUACACGCCGACCAUCUACUACCCCAAGCCCGGAGGCAAGGACAUCUACCAGCGCCUCCUCCAACAGGCUCGGAACCUCGGCAUCCCCGUGGUGGCCGGCGCGGACGAGUUUGAUGCUGCCAUUGCCGCGACCGACGUCGUCCUGGAUGCCAUCUUUGGUUUCUCAUUCCAACCCCCGGUCCGCGCUCCGUUCGACCGCGUCCUGAACGCGCUGGCAGCGACGCACGCACCCAUCGUGUCCGUCGACAUUCCCUCCGGGUGGAACGUGGAAGCUGGCCGGCAGCCGCUGUUCACGUCGCCCGACGCCGCGGGCAAGAGCCAGACGGUGGAGACGAUUGACCCGGCCGUACUCAUCAGUCUGACGGCGCCAAAGGAGGGCGUGCAGGCGUACACUGGCCGGCACUGGCUGGGCGGCCGCUUUGUGCCCGAUGACCUGGCUAUAAAGUACAAUCUCAACCUCCCAGAGUACCCUGGCGUGGACCAGAUCGUCGAGCUGCCGCGAACCGCGCCGAAACUCUAA